CUAUUCACUGAAACCUCGAUUCUUUUCUCCCGGCGAUUUUUGUUCUCCGGGCGAUUCUUGUUCUCCGGAAGCGAUUCUCUGGGCGAUUGUUGUUCUCCGGUCGAUUCUUAUUCUCCGUGCGUUAACCUUCGAUGUCUCCUCCGUCGAUCAACGGAAAGCCUCCUCCGCUGAGUUCCAUCACCGGAAAGCAUACUGCUCUGAGUUCGAUGUCUCCUCCGUCCAUCACCAGAAAGCCUCCUCCUCUGAGUUCCAUCACUGGAAAGUCUCCUCCGCUGAGUUCCAUGUCUCCUCCGCUGAGUUUGAACACAGGAAACCCUCCUCCGCUGAGUUUGAUUACAGGAAACCCUCCUUCGCUGAGUUUGAUGACAAGAAACCCUCCUCCCCAGAGUUUGAUCACAAGAAACCCUCCUCCCCUGAGUUUGAUCACAGGAAACCCUCCUCCGCUGGGUUUGUUUACAGGAAAGCCUCUUCCGCUGAGUUCGAUCACUGGAAAGCCGGUGAUCGUAAGGGUUAAGCGGAAGGCCUCCCAAGCAAAACUUGACUCCUUCUGGUUGGAGAUUAAUGAAAGGCCACGUAAAAAAGCAUUCUUGGGUCUUGGAAAUCUCUCCUUAUCUGAUUGCGGCACAGGAAAAGUUCUCAAUGAGCUUGCAAGUAAGAAGAUGUUAGUUCAUCGUCUUGAGACAGUUGGGCGCUCCCAGUCUGUCAAAGAUGUGCUGCAUUCUUUUCUGCAACCUUCCAGAAAUACAAAAGAAUUUAAGGGGAGAUCUAAGGAGCGUAGAAGUUUGUAUAAACCUGAUAAGAAACAUGAUCAAUUGCGGGCCAAGGCUAUAAAAGAGCAUGAGGAUCUUGCUAGAAGUGCUCGAUUUGAACAAAUAUGGAAGAAAAGGGGAAGCAUAGAUGCAGAAGAAUGCUCUUUGUAUGAAAAAUGUCAUUUGUAUGAUGUUGUUCGAGUUGAUGCCGAGGAUGAAACUCACCAAAGGGUGCCAAAGCCCAAAGUUGCUCCUGAGGUUGGUGGUGCAAUUUACCAAAGGGUGCCAAAGCCCAAAGUUGCUCCUGAGGUUGGUGGUGCAAUUUACCAAAGGGUGCCAAAGCCCAAAGUUGCUCCUGAGGUUGGUGGUGCAAUUUUUGAUAAGUAUUUACCACUUUUAAGGGAAUUCCUUCCACAAGCAGCUGAAGAGAUUGAACAUGACAGGGCAACUACAGAAGAUAACUUUGUUUACGACAUAUAUACUAUCGGCAGUGGUGUGGACAUAGACACAGAUAGUAUUGAUGAGCAUCCAUUAAUCCAAGUUUAUGUGGAGGAUGACUAUUAUGAUGGCUCGUCACAAUCUGAUUAUGAAAGUGAUGAUUCAAAUGCUGAAAACUAUCCAUGGAAUGAUUAUUGUGAUGAAGAGUCUGACUUUGAAGAUUCUGACUCGAUUUAUGAUCAAAGUGAAGAGGAAGAUCGAGAGGACUGGAGAUGGGGAUAUCGUUAAAUUUGUCUAUUGUAUUUGUGUUAAGCUUAAACAAUCACUUUAAAAGCUGAAGCUGAAAAGGAGAAUGAAAAUCCUGUCAUUGAUUUAGAAGAUUUCUUAUUCAAAUUAUGAACGACUGGAGUAAAGGAAGAUGGAGAGUACCGGAGAUGGGAAUAUCUCAAUUCGUUUAGUGUGCAUGUAUUAAGUUGAGGCAAUCACUUUCAGUGAUUGUCUCAUUUAGAUGUAUAUUUUGUGUUGGUGGAUUUUUUUUUUUAUUUUAAAUAGAUGUUCAAAGUUGGUCAUUUAUAAUUUGUUUGGUGGUUAAUGUAAUUGGAUAAUGUCCUCAUGUUAAUAUUAGUUUCUGUGCAAAUUACCUG